CAACCCCAACCCUCGGAAGCCUAACAGCAGGGUACUCAGGGUGCUGGAAAAUCCCCACACAACCUUAUAUCCGUCGCACAAUCACUACGUAACGAGACCGUUAGCGCGAGGGGCAGGGCCAGGCGCAGGAGUGGCGUUUUGAUUGGUUCCUGGUCUGUAACAAGCGCAAGGUCUCCUGGGAUCCGGAAGAAGUCUCCUUUCCAUACCGAAGUCGGCUUCUUUGAGUCAUAGAAGUGAGCCGCGCCGGUCCUGUGGGAAUAAGAUGGCGGGGAAGAAGAAUGUUCUGUCGUCUCUGGCAGUUUACGCGGAGGAUUCAGAGCCUGAGUCUGACGGCGAAGGUGGACUCGAAACAGCAGGCAGCGCGGCUGAGGAGAAAGGUGGAUUGGUAUCUGAAGCCUAUGGAGAAGAUGACUUUUCUCGCCUCGGGGGGGAUGAAGAUGGUUAUGAAGAGGAAGAUGAUGAAAACAGCAAACAGUCGGAAGAUGACGAUUCAGAGACUGAAAAACCUGAGGCUGAUGACCCGAAGGAUAACGCCGAGGUGGAAAAGCGAGACCCCCAGGAGUUAGUGGCCUCGUUUUCUGAAAGAGUCCGGAACAUGUCACCUGAUGAGAUCAAGAUCCCCCCAGAACCCCCUGGCAGAUGUUCAAAUCACUUACAGGACAAGAUCCAGAAACUCUAUGAGCGGAAGAUAAAGGAGGGAAUGGACAUGAACUACAUCAUCCAGAGGAAGAAGGAGUUUCGGAACCCCAGCAUCUAUGAGAAGUUGAUCCAGUUCUGUGCGAUUGACGAGCUUGGCACCAACUACCCAAAGGAUAUGUUUGACCCCCACGGCUGGUCUGAGGAUUCCUACUACGAGGCAUUAGCCAAAGCCCAGAAGAUUGAAAUGGACAAAUUGGAAAAGGCCAAGAAGGAGCGAACAAAAAUUGAGUUUGUGACGGGUACCAAGAAAGGCACCACGACCAACGCCACAGCCACCACCACCACCACCGCCAGCACUGCCGUCGCAGAUGCCCAGAAGAGGAAGAGCAAGUGGGACUCGGCCAUCCCGGUGACGACGAUCGCCCAGCCCACCAUCCUCACCACCACUGCCACCCUGCCUGCCGUCGUCACGGUGACCACCAGCGCCAGCGGCUCCAAGACCACGGUGAUCUCUGCCGUGGGCACCAUCGUGAAGAAGGCCAAGCAGUGA